AUGACCUAUGACUCCAUGACCGUGUCUGGCGGUGCAUUUGCCGUCCCCGUGAUGUCAAGCUUGAGCGGCUUUGAUGCCGAUCCAACCUCUGAGUUCCUGACAGAGGAGGCUUUCUCAGGCGACAACUCCACAGACUUGAACCUCGUGCCAUCGUCGCAAUACCAUGGACAAGACCAGCCAGAGGACCUGAUGAUUUCCGGUUACAUGAACGUGGAUUCUGCGUCCCUCUACCAUCCUGGAAUGGUGACUCAUUUCAGCUCGCCGGGCUUCUCGCUGCAGAGACUGCCAACACCCCCUCCAGAGGAAUAUGUCCGGGAUUGCCUGUCAGCCCAGAAUUCGCAGGAGAAGAUGUACCCGAAUGCCCAGGAUUCCACUCUCUAUGGGAACAACACCGUCUGCAAGGCGUCACCAGACAGCCUCAAAGGACGCAGUGUAUUUCGACCUAGGCCUAUUCGAUCUGCGUCUGAACGGAAUGGUGUCGUUGACCAAAGUGUUUCGUCUAUCGUGCCUGCUGAAACCCGGAGCCCCAAGGAGGAUCAAUCGGACCGAGAAAAGGCCAGAAGUGGACCCCUCUACGAAGCCAGGCCCGACAAAAGUGGUCACUAUCAUUGCCCUAUGUUCGACAAGCUCAAGUGCAAUCACCAGCCCACCAAGCAAAAAUGUAUUUACAACAAAUACGUGGACUCCCAUUUAAGGCCAUACCGCUGCCGUUUCACGGAUCGCCCGGAAUGCGAGGAUCUCAGGUUUUCUUCCAACGCCUGCCUCCUUCGCCACGAAAGAGAAGCCCAUGGAGAACAUAACCACGGAGUGAACCCCUACUUGUGCAAGUUCCCGGACUGUGACCGUGCCCGAGAGGGAAAUGGAUUUCCUCGCCGAUGGAACCAACGUGACCAUAUGAAACGAGUCCACCAAUACGAGGAACCUGAACCUCUUCCCAAGAAGAACUCAACCACUCAAAGUCAGAACAAGAGGAAGAAGCCGACAUCUGUUCCCAUGAGGAGGUCGAACUCCUCCACCUUGGCCAAGGCUCAUGCGAUGGCGAAUGCUGCCAUCCAAGCUCAGAACUACGGCCAGGCUAUUACCCGGGCCCAGUAUGUCGCUCCCGGCGCGUACACUAUUCAAACCCAGGACUAUGAUGCCAUGAUGCCACAAACAGUGUCAAUGGACGAUGUCCAGUUCUCACCCAGGCCUGCCAUCUCUAGGACAUGCCGUGUGUCACCACCUUACUCCGGGGUCUAUCCUUCAUGA